GAGAUUCUAAAUCGUAACGCGUGCUCAAUUUUGUUUGGUAAACUGAUCACAAGGUGUUCGAUAGAAUACCUGAAAGAGUUUCCAAAGGUUUCUUACUCCCUUCGAGCAAGUUUGAGGCUGAAGAUGACGAUCUUAGAUGUUUGCUCAGAGAUUUUAAAGAUACAGAAGCUACGAAGGGUUGUCUCUUACGCCGGAUUCUACUGCUUCACUGCUGCUCUCACAUUCUUCUAUACUAACAACACAACGAGAGCAGGAUAUUCCAGGGGUGAUCAGUUUUAUGCAUCUUACCCUGCCGGCACGGAGCUUCUGACCGACACAGCUAAGCUGUACAAAGCAGCGCUUGGGAAUUGCUAUGAAUCUGAGGAUUGGGGUCCUGUUGAAUUCUGCAUAAUGGCUAAGCAUUUUGAGCGACAGGGAAAAUCUCCAUACGUUUAUCACUCUCAAUACAUGGCUCAUCUUCUUUCUCAAGGACUACUUGAUGGAAGUGGCUAGUGGCCUCGAAUGAGAUAUAUAAACUAGUCUUUUUCUUAGUUUUGUAUCUAAUUUUGUUGUAACAAAGUUGAAACCUCGGUAUCUCAAGCAUUUGUAAUGCGAUCGUAUAAAUCCGGACUCCGAAAAAGGACUGUUCUGAUCCGGUCUAAGAGAAAUAAGAGCAUCUACGUGUGUAUAAAGAGCAUGAAGUGCCCGUAAAGGGAGAUUUGCACGACUUUUUAAUAUUCUUUUGAGCACCUUCUUUGUUCCCAUCCUGUUGUAUUAACAAGUAACUCUCUCUUGUCGUUCUGGAUGUGAUAUAAAAAAUAUAUCAAUACGACUCUACAUAAUUCUCUA